CCCUUCUCUUCUCAAAGAUCUGCUCUGAAUCAAUGGCGGAUCGUGUAAAAGGUCCGUGGAGCGAAGAAGAAGACGAGCAGCUACGAAGGAUGGUGGAGAAAUACGGGCCGAGGAACUGGUCGGCGAUCAGCAAAUCGAUUCCAGGCCGAUCUGGCAAAUCGUGUCGGUUACGGUGGUGCAAUCAGUUAUCUCCGGAGGUUGAGCACCGUCCGUUCUCGGCGGAGGAAGACGAGACGAUCCUCUCCGCUCGCGCUAAGUUCGGCAACAGAUGGGCCACGAUCGCUCGUCUCCUCAACGGACGCACGGACAACGCCGUGAAGAACCACUGGAACUCGACGCUCAAGCGAAAAUUCGUAGGCGGAGGAGGGGACUGUGAUCUCGUUGCGGUGACGGCGGAGGAGGAUCGGCGGAGGAAGAGGAGAUCCGUGAGCUCUGAAUCUGCUCCUCUGGUGGACACCGGAUUGUACAUGAGCCCGGAGAGUCCCACCGGAGUCAGUGACUCCAGCACGAUUCCGUCUCCGGUUGCUGCUCAGCUUUUUAAGCCAAUGCCGGUUUCCGGCGGAUUCACGGUGCCGUCGCCGGUGGAAAUGUCUUCGUCGGAGGAGGAUCCGGCAACGUCGCUGAGCCUGUCGCUGUCACUUCCCGGAGCUGACGUCAGUCAGGAGUCGAGGAACAACUCGUUGCUGUUUCCGCGGUUUGAGAGUCAGGUGAAGAUUAAUGUAGAGGAGAGUGAAGAAGGACGUGGAGGUGAAUUUAUGAGGGUGGUGCAGGAGAUGAUUAAGGCGGAAGUGAGGAGUUACAUGUCGGAGAUUCAGAAAAAUAGUGGUGGAUUCGUCGUCGGAGGUUUAUACGAAACCGGUAACGGUGGUUUCAGGGAUAGUGGAUUUAUUACGAAGGUCGAGUAGUUUUUGAAUCGAUUUAGAGAUUUGAAGAGCAAUUCAGAUUUGGGUUGUGGUCAAAUGUUUUUUAAAAAAUGUAUAGUGGAAUUAAAUUGGAUGAUAAAAAGUUUAAUGGAAUAAUCUUUAUUCAACAUUUGAUGAUCAA